AUGGGAUUGUACCUAGAUGUUCUCAGGUUCCCAUUAAAUUGCUACUGUGGAAAGCAAGGUCAAAUAGAGGCAGCGGUGUUCAUUGUCAACCCUAAGCUCUCCGCCAUCGCAAAUCUCCCAUUGUUGACCCCUCCCACCCCACUGGUCCUCGCAGCUAACAGCUCCACGCUGCACAUCGCAGGCUCAGUUAUGGCCCGGGUUAUGGUCGAUUCAAUUCAAGCCCGACAUUCCUUCCUUGUCUCCCCAGACUGCCAAUGGAAUGUUAUUCUAAGGUAUGACUUCCUAAGCGCUCACAAGGGUGUCAUCGACUGCCCACGGGCCAAGUUGAUCGUGUACAACUGGAAUCCUCUCUCCCAGUGGUCGACUUUGACUCUAUCAACUCUCUAUCAGAACCCUCCAACAUCUUCCCUCCAACAUCCCACGUAA